AUGGGUUGGGUGACUUCAGACCAAGACCCUGAUGAUGAGGACUGUAAAUGGUUUUUCAUGUCCCUCGCCCGGACGCAGGUCACCGGGCCCCCCACCCUGGAGCCAGGCCUGAGGGUGGGGCUCGGGGGCGAACGCCUGGUGGCCGGGCCUUUGGGGGCCCGGCUUGAAGGAACAGAGGAGAAGUUCAGGAACAGAGAGAGCCGUCCUGAAGAUCUGCAGAUCAUCGCCGAGCUGAAGGACAUGGUGUCUGAGAGAGAGUCUCUAGUCAAGAAACUGGUGGACGAUAAGAAGUUCUACCAGCUGGAACUCGUCAACCGAGAGACCAACUUCAACAAAGUGUUCAACGCCAGUCCCAACGUAGGAGUCAUCAACCCGCUUAUAAAGCAAAAGAGAAAGAAUGAGAAAACAGCAGCCAGCCGAUUCAGCAGCUCUCCUAAUCUCAGGGCUCUGGAGGCAGCAGGCAUGGGCGUGGCGGGUACAGGAAGUGGGCAGCUCCCACAGCCGCCCCCUCCCCCAGCCCAGCCCAGCCGCCUAGAGCCAAUCCCCAACUCCCCCCUCCACCACCUUGAGCUCAACUCCAACAAACCUCUUCCCCCGCCGACCCCUCCCACCGAACCCAAGAAAUUCAUGAGGUGA